AUGAAAUAUAUUUUAGUCUAAGUAUUAUUCAUAGUAACGAUUACACAUAUAAAAUUUGUUGAGGCUAUUUCCACAAAUUAUGUAGAAACAUUUAUUCUUCCUUAGUAUACCUAUAUAGAAUUUUUAAAAUCUUCAGUUAAGCUAUUGGAAUCAGAUUAUUAGCCUGGAGAGAUAUCUGCAUACUUAUUUUUGACAAAAAUUACAGGUACUUCUAGCCAAAGUCAACCAAACAAUAAAAAUAUAGAUAGUAAUAAAGAGAAUGAAAAAUAGUAGAUUGAAAAUUUGGCUAAUUAAUCUAUAGCCACUCCUAUAACUUAUGAUUUAUUAUUAUUUUAUAGCUCAAACUGCGAAUAAUUUAAAAAUUACUUAAAAGCUAUGCAAAAUUAAUAAUGGCUUGUAACUGAUUUUUAAAAUUAAUGUAUAGACUGCAGUAAAUGUUAUGAAAAUGGUACUUAAGUAAAUCUACAAAAUCUUUCCUAAUCAAAUUAAAUGAUAUGUUGCUUAGAUUGUUCUGUUAAUGAUGUAGUCAAAAUUAAUGUUCUAGGUACUGAAGAUUCAGUAGAAUUUACCUCAUUUGAUGCUUCAGCUAGCAGUCCAGCUGUAAUUAUUAUCGAUAACACACCUUUCCCUACUGGAGUAUCUACAAAUUUAGCAGAUAUUUAUUUCAAUUCUACAUAUUAAAUUUCAAUAACACCAAACGAAACCUACUUUACAGCUACUGUUGUAAUUUGUAUAAUAUUUGGUGGAAUAUUUCUUAUUGGAGCUGUAGUAAUUUUAUCAAUGUGGAGAUAAUACAAAUAAGCUAAAGUUGAAGAAGUUACUAGGAAUUUGGUUAAUCCCGAUGAUAAAUUUAAUACUAAAAAGAAGCAAAAUUGA